AUGGAGGGGAGGUUAUCAGCUCCCAGCUAUCCACAGCUGCCCUUGUUAGCCCUGAUAACUGGCUGUGCCCACCUACAAUCAUGCUGCCCUCAGCCAACUGGGAGGAGAAACCCACAAGGAGGCAGAAAGGCAGCCUAUAAAACAUUCUCUCCUUGGGGAUGUGGAGAAGUCUCUGGUGAAGGAGGAGGCUGCGCUGGGAGCACGAGAUGCUGGCAGGAGGCAGCAGGAGGCUGCAGCAGUGUCUGCUCGUCGUGGCCAUUGCAUGGAGUGCUGACUUCUUCCACUCACCAGCCCUGGCUUUGCAGAGGUAGAGUUGUUGCUAAAGGAGCACCAUGUGCUGGGUUUUGCCAUCUCCUUGUUUGCUUGUUUUUUGGCAUUGAGGACCACAGAGCUCUCUUCUCUGUUCCUCGGCUGCUGAGAAACACCUUCCCUUCUCCUCCUCUUCUCUCUGGCACGAGCAUACCUCACCCUCCUUGCUUCUCUUCCCCUCUCCCUCUGAGCACUGCAUAGCACAGCAGCACCUCUCCUUCCAUUCCAACCUCCGAAGCCAGCACGACGCUUUCCACUUGCAAAACCAACGAGCUGAGCCUCAGCACAUCACGAACCCCCCCCCCCUCCCCUGCCCGCAGGAUCGCUCUGCGGAGGAUGCCUUCCAUCCGACAGACGCUGCAGGAGAUGGGCAUGAAGGUGGCCGACGUGUUUCCCGAGCUGCGGCAAAGGCGAGGCGGGGCGGGCGGCCCCCAGAACGGAACGGCUCCCACCCUCCUCACCAACUACCUGGAUACGCAGUAUUACGGUGAGAUCAGCAUCGGCACCCCCCCGCAGACCUUCAAGGUGGUCUUUGACACGGGCUCAGCCAACCUGUGGGUGCCGUCCUGCAAGUGCUCCCCACUCUACAGUGCCUGCAUUUCCCACAGCCGCUAUGACUCCUCCAAGUCACGGACAUACAUAGCCAAUGGUACAGGUUUCUCCAUCCGCUACGGGACAGGCAGUGUCAAAGGCUUCCUCAGCCAGGAUGUGGUCAUGGUAUCGGACAUCCCCAUCAUCCAGGUCUUUGCUGAGGCCACGGUGCUGCCUGCAUUCCCUUUCAUCUUUGCCAGGUUUGAUGGGGUUCUGGGCAUGGGUUACCCCAGCCAGGCCAUCGAUGGCAUCACCCCUGUCUUCGACCGGAUCCUCUCCCAGCAGAUCCUCAAGGAGGACGUGUUCUCUGUCUACUACAACCGAGCUUCAAAGAAUUCUCCUUUGAAACCCGGUGGGGAAAUCAUCCUGGGGGGCACCGACCCAGCCUACUACACUGGGGACUUCCACUACCUGAGCAUCAGCAGGAACGGAUACUGGCAGAUCAGCAUGAAGGGGGUGUCUGUAGGGGCUGAAAUCUUGUUCUGCAAGGAGGGCUGCUCAGUGGCCAUUGACACCGGAGCAUCCUACAUCACUGGCCCAGCUGGCCCUGUGUCCGUGCUGAUGAAAGCCAUUGGAGCAGCAGAGAUGACUGAAGGAGAGUACGUGGUUGACUGUGAGAAGGUCCCCCAGCUGCCCAACAUCUCCUUCCACCUGGGUGGGAAGGCCUACACGCUCAGUGGCUCAGCCUACAUCCUCAGGCAAACCCAGUACGGGGAGGACAUCUGCGUGGUGGCUCUCUCAGGGCUGGACGUCCCACCUCCAGCUGGACCCCUCUGGAUCCUGGGUGCCAGCUUCAUCGGGCACUACUACACCAAAUUCGACCGUCGCAACAACCGCAUCGGCUUCGCCACCGCCCGCUGACCACCGGGGGGGGGCUGGGAGGCAGCUGGGAAGCAGGGAGCGUCGCCGGGGAGAGAGCGAUUCGACACGCAAACGAGAGCAGCGCUUCCUUAAAGCACAGCCACCUCCUCUCUGCAUUGAAGCAACUGCAAAUCCUCGCGUUCUCCCACUCCAAAACCCCCGCUCUGCUUCCCGAGAGCCUCCGCUGCCACGGGGGGGAGAGCGGAGCCCGGGAGCAUCGCGCUGAGGAAUCAAAGCGGGAUCCUGCGGCUGGAGCUGCACCUCCGGGGGCUUUGCAGGGUGAUGUGCGUUGCUGCUGGCUGGGGCAGAGGAGCUUUGCAGGUUGCAGACGCUGUGGAGCGAUGUUUGGUUGCUGUUCUUAGAUGGGAGGCAAAUUAAUUGGUGUCAUUAGGCUGCUUACAGCGAUGGUUCUUUCAGCUGCUGUUAACCCUGCCCCUCUCUGCAAUUUAAUAUUAAACAACCCCAGAGCAGCAGGAAGCUGAGCGUUCUGCGAGGAGGGAGAAAUGAGGAAAAGUUCCCUUAUGGGAACUGGGGAAGAAGUGUUCUCUGCUGGGAUCCACCACUGUGCUUUAAGCAGGCAGCGCUGCAGGCUGCUCUUCCCUGUUGUGUCAGAGAGCUGAGAACCAGCUGCAAAUCCGAGCCCAUCCCAAAGCCAAGCAGUUGGCAACGCUCUCAUCUCCCCCUGGUUGUGAGCACAGCUGAGCCCUGGGAACACACCUGUAACGAGCACAGCACUGUGCUGCAGGAGCUUCUCCUCCUCACCCUGCCAUCAGCAAUGGCUGCUGAUUUCCCAGAGUGAAUCCCAGCGAUGGUUGGGAGCAAUUCUCCUUCCAGCACAGCAUGGGAUGCUGCCAGCCAGGCUGCAGCCUUGCCAGCCUCCUUUCCUGCAAGGCCCAGGCUCUGAGCAGUGGCCAAGCUGCCAGUUUUUGCCCUUGGCAGGGUGUUGGGCAGCGUGUAGCCAAGCUUGAGUAUUUAAACCUCUUAGCAUCAAGCUGUGCAUCCCUGGGAUGGAAAAGGCACCCUGGGUGCUCCUCACUGCUUUCCAUCCCCUUCUGCAGCACUGUCAGAUGGGGAGAAUGGUGAGGAUGGCUCUCUGGGGGGGGCAGAUGGAAGUGACACCCCCUCCCCACCCGCUCUCACCCGGUGCUUCCUGAGCACUGUCACAGCAUUCAGCUGCCCUGCAGCACAGGAAACCCAGCGAAUGGGGAGAGGCAGCCGCGGGGGGGGGAGGGUCUACGCGGAUCAGCUCUGGAGCCACAGCUUUACAGCCACAGGGAGAUGCUUGAAAGCUGUGGGGCCCAUCUGAGACAGGACGCACCUUUGGGUCUGGUUCUGCUCCUUUUCAGCGCAGUGGCUCGGAGCAGCAGGAGAGAAAAACGUUUGGGCUGCUGCUGGCCCUUCAGCCUGCCCAUUAGCACCUCUAAUAGCCUGUGCCAGGGCCAUUUCCUGGUGCCUGCUGUGCAGAGCUGGCUGCAAGGCACUGCUAACCCGCAACUGCCCCGUAUUAACACUUGUGAUCGUUACAGGCGAGCAAUUAGGCCACGCUCGGCCCAGCAAAGAGACCGGAGCAAUUACGGCCAUCCUAUUAAAACUGACAGCGCUCGCUCUAUAUAUAGCAACGCAGGGAACUGGUUUAUUUUCUUCCCCUUCCUUGAACGAUUUUCCCCAAGUCUCCAUGGUCCAUUUAGUCGGCUGCAGCCGCAGCCAGCUGUAAACUUUGGAGGGGGCAUUCUGUGCUCUGAGCCGUUGUUAUUUCCUAUGAUAAUGAACUGAGGCUGCUGUGGUGUCAGGGGGGCCGGCGGGGGGGUGAUGCUCUGUCUUUAACCACUCAACCUCUCUGCAGCUCGCCCGUAAAUCCCAGUUGAUGGUAGGUGAGUGUAUUGCCUGGGUCCGGAGAGGACAGCAACAGAGAACUGGUGGAGAUUUUAAGGUUGUAGAAUAGGAUUUUUUCAUUUGGAAGGGUCCCAGACGUCAGCUUUUGGAUUGGAUGGGACCCACUGAGUGCAGCUCCUGGUGGAGACGAUAGAAUUACAGAAUAUCUUGAUUUGAAAGGCACACAGACAAAUGGCCGAGUCCAACUUUUGAGCUGGAAAAGACUGCCUGGAUCCAACUCCUGGCUGUGCAUCACCAAUCCCAGAACCAUAGGAUGUCA